AUGGACAAACCAUUUGGCAGACUCAUCCGGUCGGACCUUUUUACCUUCCUCAUUGGGCCUAAAAAAGUUCAGUUCAUUGUCCAUGCUGAACCUAUAGCCAAGCAAUCAUCUGCGCUCCAUGGCCUGUUGAACGGCAAUAUGAUAGAGGCCCAUUCUAGGACAGUAGUAUGGCCUGAUGUGGAUGAAGAUACCUUUGUUCGGUUUUGCGAAUUCUGCUAUUUUUACAACUAUUCCCCGCCUAGUUGUGGUUGGGAUGGCGAUGCCGUAGAGGAACCUACUAUGGAGGAGGAACCUACUAUUGCGGAGGAACCUACUAUGGAGGAGGAACCUACUAUGGAGGAGGAACCUACUAUGGAGGAACCCGCUGAGGAGAAACCUGCAGAAGAAUACGGUUGGAGCUUUGGAGGCUUUGGAGAAUCGAAAACUGCUUUGGCAAAACGGAAGAAAAAAAAGAAACGGGGAUUCCCAGCCUCUGAAUUAUCUGAAAACUUGAUGAAAGAUCAAGAAUACCCACUCCCGGAGAAAUGCGCUCAGUUUACUGAUCAGUUCGAACCUUUCUCCAACGUCACGAACGAUCAGGAUUUUACCCCUGUUUUUCUUGGACAUGCCAGGCUAUACGUGAUGGCAGACAAGUAUUGCAUCGAGACGCUGAAAGAACUUGUGCUGCACAAGCUCCAAUCAACACUCAAAUGCAUUACUCUCUUUCCCAACAGAAUCCGAGACGUCAUCAAACUAAUCCAAUUUGCCUAUGAUGAGGAUAACACGCGGGGAGGCACCAAAAAGAUGAACCCUCUAAGGAGACUGGUGACGCAGCACAUGACAACCGUGUUGGAAAACGUUGCCAUGCAUGCUGCUUUUCUCGAACUUCUUCAAGAGGGUGGGGAGUUCGUUUCUGAUUUUUGGAGAGUGGUUUGGGCAAAGCGAGUGCCAGACUCGUAG